AAAGCUGAAAAACGGUUUGUUUUCACCGAGAGGAAGAAGCGCUGCUGAUAAUCUCCGCCGCAGCGCCGAUUUUAAAACGCGGUCGUAAGGUUUAUUUUAUUCCUGCUUGGUUUUCUGACAGUUUUCUUCGCUCGCCAUGGCUCUGUGCGGGGGUGUCGGAGCCAUGGCUUUGCCCAGCGAGCUUAUCGUGCACAUAUUCUCCUUUCUGUCCGACCGAGACAAGCUCCGGGCCUCGGCCGUGUGUUCGCGAUGGAGGGAGUGUCUCUUCUACCCCGCGCUGUGGACCGAGCUCAAACUGCGAAUAGGUGGUGGUUGUAACGGCGGCGGCUCCAGCUCCGAGGAGACGCCGAGACUGGAGUUCCUCAUGCGGAAGUUCGGCUCUUUCGUCCGUGAGCUGCAGCUGGAACUCGCACCGGUGGAAGGCUAUCUUAGUCCCCUGAACAACGACCCGUCGUCCACCAGGAUGGACCAGCCUCCCGGUCCCGAUAACGACCCGCAGCUCUCCGAGCGAUGGAGAGACGCCAUGGCUACCUACUUGGACCAGGUGUUGUGUGUGUUCACCAGCAUCCGCAACAACAGAAACCUGCAGAAGCUGAGUCUGUAUGGAGACACUUGUGUUCUCCAGCAAGAAGGACUAUUGGACAGCUCCAACCUGCAUCAAAUUCACCAGGGGGACAAAAAGGUCAACGAAAUCCAGCAGUUGUUCAUGGAGAUGUUGUCUAACAGCAGGCAGCUGAGGUGGUUGUCUUGUAGCUUCAUGCUGGGUCUGGUGACUCCCUGCUCUUUAGCCUGCCUGUCAAAUCCUUCAGCGGAGACCCUGCAGCACCUCAGUUUACUGGACCACCAGCUGGGUCCCCUUAUCUCACCAUCAGAGUUGGAUCGUCUAUCUAAUCUUCAUUCUCUGGCUCUGGAUUUCUCUGAUUUGACAUCUGAGCUUUGUGGACUGCUGGCAUCUCCACGCCGAACUCCACUGCAUCGCCUCUCGCUGCUGCUCAAUGGCGCUGCCCUGGAGUUCAAACCAUUAGAAGGGACGGCUACAGAGGACGAUUGGAAGGCACUGAUUCGUGUGAGUGCCAAUCUGCGAGUGUACAUCAUGGCCCUGGAAGUCGACAGCUCAGAGCUCCUCAGGGUCCUAAAGCCUAGCCUUCCUCUGGAGCGCCUCCACCUCGACAGUUACAGCACACUGGUGACAGACGCCACAUUGGAGCUCAUCUCUCAGCAGUAUAACAAAACGCUGACUCACUUUCUUCUCCUGAGGGACGAUCCCGAUUUCCCAGACCUCAGCGUGAAUCGGAACGAAGACCCAUUGGUCCUUUUGGCAUGGAGAUGUACUCAGCUGGCUGUACUCGUGAUACAUGGUUACACUGUAUGGUCCCAUAACUUGGUGGCCAUCUCUCGGCUGCGAGGCUCUAGUCUUCGCGUCCUGACCGUCUCUGAGGAGAGCAUCGACUUUGAUCCAGACCAGUCUGUGUGCAUGGAGGGCGACCCGGUACAUAACCUGGUAAAGGAGGUUUCACUGGGCCUCGGCCGUGUCUGGCACCCUUGUCUGGAUUCCAGCCUGGUUUUGUCCGAACCCACCCAGCACUUCCACCGCGAAAUGCACGCCUUCAGUAUGGGCAUGUAGGCAGGGAUGGCAAAUCUAACACAUCACAUCCUAAACUGUGUCAAGACCAGGCCAGACCAACAAAGUCCACUAGCUCAGACCUCUGAACCAGGCCCAAAGCAGACCAUAGUGAGAAAUCUAAACUGGAUCUUAAUACAAUCUGAAAAUUACAUUUAUGUGAGCUGAUUGUUUUUAUUUUACUUUUAUUUUUUGUGUUUUGUUUCACAGGGGUUUUAGCACGCAAUCAAGUCCAAAUCAUUUUCCAAAUGAUUCCCUGUUUUCUUGCUUUGCCUCUCGAUUAACCAGUGACUUGGAAAAACAAAUGAAAUCUUUGAUGUUUUAAAUACAUUUCAAAUUAAAAAUCUCAAUUAAAACAGCAA